UUGGUUAUAUGUAUAUCACAUAUGUAUGAUACAAAUGAAAUAGUGCUUGUGUACAAAAUAUAACUUAUGCAUAUGUAUGCAAAUCUAUCAAAUUUAAUUUGUUGCUUAGAACCGAGUUGAAGCUCCACUUUGUAAAGUGUUUGCAGUGCCCGAUCCAAGGCUUGGAAAUGGAAUGUGUGCUCAAUUGUGGCCCAGUUAAGGUGACCAGAGCAAAUGACGCGGCCCACUAAUUGCUGACAUAAUUUUCCAAAUUGAAACUGGCGAAAAAAAUAAAACAAGCAACAGACUAAUUGAAUUCGUUGCGGCACGUCAAGUCGUUGGCUGUUCGACUUUAACUAAUUUAAUGAUCAAAAGUUAAAAGUUUUUUCCACAGUGUUAAUUGAAAGUGUCACGCGUCGUCUAACCUCAGAAUAAAGCCGACUAUUUUUUACGUGUGUGUGUGUGCAAGUGUCUCGAUAGCGGUGUUUGUGUAGUGUCAUUAAAUGUGUCCACAUAUGGCCAAGAAGAUCCAUCGAGCCUAAACAAAUCUUCCCAAAAUGAUGGAUUUUCAUAGACAACUUUGGUUGCUGUUAGUGCUGAGCUAUGAGGCGCUGGGCGCCACGCCCUUUGCCAAGGAAUACCGCAGUGCGGGUCUCUUUACGGGCAACACCCUGAUGGACUUGGACGCCUCAACCACAUUAGACAUGAGUGUUGAAAAGCCGACCAUUAGCAGCAAUGGAGGGGCUGCUGAUCUUGGCAACUCCGUGGGAUUCAAGUCGGAGUCGUCGGUAGUUCUGCCAGGUGUGCAACUAAACUCAGGCUGCCCAGCGACGACGAGUUCCCACUGCCUGCGCUGCAACAAGUCCGGCUGUAUCAAGUGCCCUCUGUACCUGGUCACAGAUACGCGCCAGUGCGUAGAGCAAUGUCCGACGGGGUACAUCGACCAAUGGUCCGCGCACACGGAGUUCAUGGGUCGUGUCUGUGUACCCACUGGCUACUCUGGACCGCUGAUGGCCGCAUUGGCCGGCCUGCUGGGCGGUUUUCUGGUCUGUCUCUCAUUACUGGCCGUCGCCGUGAUGCUUGUGAGGCGCAAGCGAAGACGCAAGUCUGUCAAACAGAAGCUCAUCAAUGAGAAUACGAUGGAUCGAGCCGAUUUCAUGCGUCAACUGAACGAGAUGCGACCCAACGCCGAGUACUUUCUGGCCAUGCUGAAUGACACACGACGACAAAUUCGCAAGCUGUAUUUGUCUGGCGAAGUGGCGGCGGCAAACUCGUAUCGUCCGAUCGUGAGGGAUCUGGCCAAGCUGCUCAUAUUGCUGAAUAGACCGAUAGAGUUGAUUCCGGCACCGCCGCAGGAUUGGUCGCGUCUGUAUGCUUGGUCGGAGCAGGCGUUGGAGCGUUACAAGCCGCAGGUGGGGCAGCUCAUCGACUUCUUCCAGGCCUCCAACGGUGGCCACGGAGCGCAGGAUGCGCUCUAUGCGGCGCCUGCUAAGAAGCACCACAGUAUUUUCCGGCAGCACGGGUCGCCAGUAGCCAGCACGACGACACAACUGAGUGCUGGCGGCGGAGGAGGCGGUGCUGGUGAUCUGGUGGCGGGCGAUAGAAACAGCACCGCCUCGGCCCAUCAGAAGCUGCACCUCUUCGGCUCGCUGAUCAGUUUGCAUGAGUUCGAGGAGCCACGGGCCUCGGAUCCCUUCGGAAGCAGCUUCAACACGCUCAAGAGCGGCAAUCUGAUAUCCGAUCUCAAUGCGAGUUCUCUGUGGCUGGAGGAUGAGUUCUACAAGCUGGGCUUUCGACCGCAGGACGAGAUCACGACUGAGUUGUAGUGACUGUUAGUGCCUUUUUUAUUUGUAGAAUCCAAAGUAUUAUCUCCAUGCCCAUGCGCCGCCCGCGAUGUGUCUCCGCUCCAUGCUGCAGUGGAGCGGGUGCUUCACAUUGGGUACCAGAGCAGUCCAGGACAUUCCCACACUCCUUUGAGAAAUGAGACGCGCGUUUAGUCUAGCCUCUAAAUGUUUACGUUUAGUUUAGGUGUAGUCGCAAAGUGCCUAAGUUACGAGUAUUAAUCUGAUAACUUGGCUAUAUAGCCACCACUUACAGAACAAGCCUAGGCAGUAGCAAAAACAUACAGCAUGCAACAAGCAACUAGUCAUGUAAAAUCACAAAAUGCAAAUGGAAAUCAUGUCGAUGUCGAAAUUAAUUUAAUUUUAUAGAUUUUACAAAAAUCGCAACACUUACGAAUAGACAAAUAUUGAUUGUGUAAACCGUAACAUUACUUAUAGCUAUAACUGAUAUUAAUGUACAGAGAUAAUGAUAAUCUUAGUAAUGCUUAGUACCUAAAUAUAUCUGUAUGUUUAAAAGAUGAUCAACAAUAAACAGAUGUGCUUUGAUAAAA